AAAGAAGCAAGCUUUUAGAACAUGAGAAUAUCUUCUUGAGAGAACAUAUGCUACAGAUUGUAGAUAAGAACUCAAAGCUGGAAGAUCAGAUCUCUGACCUUUAUAAGAACCUGGAAUAUAAAGAGAUAAAAAUCUUGCAACUGUCAGAUAUGAUUAAAAACUGUGAGAGAGAAUUCAGACAGUUUUCACAGCUAUUUUGCAAGAAUAGCAGCCUGCUGGCAAGCACUCAGACUUUGGCCAUUCACAUUGAUAAAAAUACCUGCCUGGAAACACAAGUAAGACAGCUGGUACAAAAGGCGAAUCAGCAGCAAAGUAAACUGGAUCUGAGAACACUACUGGACACCAUUGAUAACCUAAAGCAGAAAGUUGCUUUUCUGGAAUCAUAUGAUCAACGUCUAGUUGUUCUUGAAGACUUGGCCACCCAACAUGAUGCUCUCUUCAGAAUGCACAGGGCACAACUUAACAAAAACGAAGAACGGUUCAAGAUUUUGGAAGGAGCAAGUUACAAUGGAAAACUGAUCUGGAAAAUUAUGGACUACAAGAUUAAGAAGAAAGAGGCUAUAGAAGGGCACAGCCUCUCCAUAUUUAGCCAACCUUUUUAUACCAGUCGCUGUGGAUAUAGGUUGUCUGCCAGAGCAUAUCUAAAUGGAGAUGGCUUAGGACGGGGAACUCAUGUUUCAUUGUAUUUUGUAGUGAUGAGAGGAGAAUUUGAUUCAUUAUUACCAUGGCCUUUCAAGCAAAAGGUUACACUUAUGCUUCUGGACCAAAGUGGGAAAAAAAACCAUAUAUGUGAAACUUUCAAAGCCGAUCCUAACAGCAGCAGCUUCAAAAGGCCAGAAGGAGAGAUGAACGUUGCUUCUGGGAGUCCUCGGUUUGUUGCACACUCUGUGUUGGAAAAUGCAAAGAACACCUACAUCAAAGACGAUACGCUCUUUCUGAAAGUAAUGGUAGAUUUAACUGAUCUUGAAGAAUUAUGAGAAUACCAGUUAUAAAACAUUAGAAUUAACACUUUUAUGAUCUCUGGAUUCUUUCAGACCUGUGAAAGCUGCUUUGCAGUCUACCAACAUUUUUUUAUACAAUUUGAAAGACAGUUCUAUUUUUGUACUUUUUCAAUGUUGUAUUAAUAAAACAUGUUAAGGCUCAGAGUGAAUUAUAAAUGUCUAGCAAAAUUUGAUAUUGUGAUUAUUUUUUGUAUAUUUGAAAAUUCUGAACUGAAUUACUAUUUCUAGGUGCUUCUGGAGUAGGAUGCUAUGGAACCUAAACCCACUGGUUCCAUAUCCUUUAUUACUGUUUGAGUUUAAUAACUCAGAAAGCUUUCGUUGAUUGAUUGAUUAUGUGGCAUCAAGUCAGUGUUGAUUCUUAGGGACCACAUACAUAGACCUUCUCUAGGGCAAUCGGUGCCCAACCUGGUUCUUCAGGUCUCCCAAUGAUGCACCCAUUGCUGCUGUAAUUGAGGCCACCCAGCUUGCUGGCGAUUGUCCUCUUUUCUUCCACUUUUCCAAGCAUUAUGGACUUCUCAAGGAAGCUGGAUCUUCAUAUAUGGUCCAAAAUGCAGUAUUUUGAGCCUGGUGAUUUGUCCCUUUAGUGAGAACUCUGGGUUGAUUUGGUCUAUGAUCCAUUUGUUAGCUUUCUUGACUAUUUGUGAUAUUUUCAGGAGUCUUCUCCAACACCAAAGUUCAAAGUGUUAAUAUUCUAUCUGGUGUCUUCAAAGUCCAACUUUCGCUUCCAUUGACUGUUACAGGGAAAACCACUGUCUGCAUGAUUCUGAUCUUUGUCAAUUCUAAGACUGGUUGCUCUACCUAUUGUCAUCAAUUUGGUCGUCUUUAUAUUUAAUCUUAGUCCAUUUUUUUCACUGUACUUCUUGACUUUAAUUACUAGAGCUUGCAGAUAACUUGCAUGUUCAGGUACCAGAGUAAUGUCAUCGGCAUAGUGCAAGUUAUGAACAUUUCUUCCUCCACCUUUAAAAUCAUGUCUUUUUCCAAUCCAGUGCCCUGCAAUAUAUAAUCAGCAUAUAGGUUGAAUAAAUAAGGAGCCUCGUCUCACUCCUUUGCCAACCUGGAGCCAGUCUGUUUCACCAUGUUCCAUCCACACUGUAGCUUCUUGUCCUGUAUAAAGGUUUCCCAAUGAGAUGUACUGGUUGACACAAUGAAAGGCCUUUUAAUAAUCAAUGAAGCACAUAUUCACUUCUUUUUGGUGUUCUUUGGUCUUAAUUAUCCAAGGUGCAUCAGCAAUAAUGUCUCUUGUUCCUCACCCUUUUGUAAAGCCAGGUUGAACAUCUGGUAUUUCCCUUUCCAUGUAGAGCUCUGAGUUGGAUGACCCUAUGCAUUAUUUUGCUAGCAUGUGAAAUUCAGGUUAUUGUGCAAUAGAUUACAUACUCUGUUAAGUCUCCCUUCUAUAUACUCUGUUAAGUCUCCAUUCUUUGGUAUUGGUAUGUAGACUGACCUCUUCC